CCAUGGUGGUCCCCACCCAGCCGGCCAGGCGCCUCCAGCCUCGGAAAUCCAGCUUUCCGGGGGACGGGGACGAGGCUCCCGGCCCGGGCGGGGGCGAGGGGGCAGCGGCUGGCGGCGGCGGCGGGGGUCUCGGCGGCGGGGGGCGCUCGGCUCAGCGGCGCGCAGGGGCCGGAGCGCGGCGUCCCAUCGGGGCGGCCCCGUCCGUGGGACCGGGCGGCGAGCUGCAGGGUUGGGGGAGGAAGUCAGGCUGCAGGCCGCCGGGGCCAGAGGGCUGGGCCGGGGGCAGGAAGCUGCGGCGCUGGCUCCCCCCUCGGCGAUUUUCGAACUUCUGCUGUCGCUCCCCGUGCGCGCAAACCGCAGUUCGCCGCCGCCGCCGGGCACCCAGCCCCAGGGGGGCGGGCUGGAGGGAGGGGGCGGGCGCUGGCCGGGGGACCCCCGCAACCAUGGCGGGCGGGGAGUGGGCUGCCGAGCCGCUUCACCUGCCGCAGAGGGGGCGGCCGGCGCCGCUUCACCUGCCGGAGCGGGAGGCCACCGAGGCGAGGCCGAGGCGGCGGCGCGCUCGGCGGCGCCUCCGGGUCCUAGAACCGCAUCCUCCCGCUCGCCUCGGGCGAGGGAUUGGCCGGGUCUGGGUGAAGGGGGUCACGCCCUGGGGAUCGGAGGGGCACAUCUUCUCCGCACCGAGGAUCUCAGCGACUGCGAGCACGGCUCGGAGACCCACGGUGGUGCAGCGUUGGCGCGCCAGGGCUGCGUUCCCGUCUCGGGUCCCGGACUGAGAAGGUGGGAACCCCCUUCCAGGCCCCCCACCUUUUAUUUCUCUCCUCCCCUGCUUAGCCCAGAGACGAGCUGAGGACCAGGGGGAGCCAUCUCCAAACAGGAACUCCUAAACAGGGUGGGGGGCGCGGACGCUGGCCAGUGGAGACCCCCGCCACCUGUCCCACCUCGACCAACCGUGCGCCUGUGCAGGGCACCCCUACAGGUUUUAGAAUGGGGGCACCUAUGGAAUAUUGCAGGCUGCGAGAAGCUGGGCCCGCCAAGGUGGUCCCAAGGAGGAGUGGGGGGUUGCGGAAAGGAGGAUGAGAGCCAGCCACAAGGCUGGAAAAGGAGCGGGCACCGCAGAGGAGGGAAAAAGAAUCUUGACACUGUCACCACCAGGGAUCUAGAGGGGCCUCUCACCUUGGAGAAUAACAAUCUCUGAUGUCUGCUAAUUACAGAAAUACUUUCAGAGCUCUUUCAUUCAUCCUGACAAUGGCCAGAGAAGGUAGGUAUUGGUAGCCUUAUUUUAGAGAUGAGGAAACUGAGGCUGAGAGUAGGUGAGUAAGCUGUUCAAGGGCACUCAGCUAACAAAGGACAGAAGCAAGCCUCCUCACUGUCUACCUCCAAAACCUACACUGGCUUGGAGUUGCUGUCCUGGCCCUCCGUUGCCCAUCUCAUGUAGGAUGGGAGAGUAUGGGGGGCUGGGGUCCCAUCUAUAGCCUGAAUUUGAGACUUUCAGUUGCUCCUCUCAUUCCCCAUUUAAUUUGUGGGGAUCCCCAACUGACCCCUCCCUACACUUCCAGGGCACUGAGGAGGGAGGGCCCACUGAAGGAGCCCCGAAUUAUCUCUAGGCCAGGUCAGGAGCCAUUAGUGUCCCCUCCCCUGACAGCAUCCUCCUCCUUCUGCCCUCACAUUCAGAGCCACUGACAAGACUUUAAGCAAGAGACGGAAAGUUAACAUCUAAUCCGGAGGAAGACCCUGGAAGGAGCCAGCCUCUUCCCCCAGGCUGACCUGGUUUAAGCCUUUCUUUUGCCAAGGUCACCAGCACCCCAGAUGGGUGAGAGAUGUGAUCACUGGUUUCGUGGCCUGACCAAGGACCUCCAAGAACUGUGAGUUACAAAAAAAAAUGAGAAGAUGGAAUCAAUUAUUACGUAGUAAAUUUCAUUGGCUUGGCAGGAGGUAUCUUUCCCAUCUUGGCCCACAGAGGAGGAAAUCCUAGAAGGGAUGACUGAAGCUUGGGACUAACACAUUGGUGAAUCUGUGCUACCCCCUGCUGGCCACAGACGGUAUGACAGCCAAGAUAGGGCAAGGCUUCGAGGGGCGAUGGAUGGAUUCACCGCAGCGGCGACAUUUCUGGACUGUUGUCACCUUCAGUGCAGUCACUGGGGAUAUUCAGAACCCAGGUGAUUGCUAAGGUUUCCCCAGGGAUCUCUUCUCUCCCCUUCACCAUUACUCAGUAGGAGCCUCCUUAAAAACGGAAAACGAGAGGCCGGGCGCGGUGGCUCACGCCUGUAAUCCCAGCACUUUGGGAGGCCGAGGCGGGUGGAUCACGAGGUCAGGAGAUCGAGACCAUCCUGGCUAACACAACCCCGUCUCUACUUAAAAUACUAAAAAUUAGCCGGGCGUGGUGGCACGCGCCUGUAGUCCCAGCUACUCAGGAGGCUGAGGCAGGAGAAUCGCUUGAACCCGGGAGGCGGAGGAGGUUGCAGUGAGCUGAGAUGGUGCCACUGCACUCCAGCCUGGCCGACUGAGACUCCAUCUCCAAAAAAAAAAAAAAAAAAAAAAAAGGAAAAAGGGGCCGGGCGCGGUGGCUCACGCCUAUAAUCCUAGCACUUUGGGAGACCAAGGCGGGCAGAUCACGAGGUCAGGAAUUCGAGACUAGUGUGGCCAACAUGGUGAAACCCCAUCUCUACUAAAAAUACAAAAAAUUAGCCGGGUGUGGUGGCGCAUGCCUGUAAUCCUAGCUACUCGGGAGGCCGAGGCAGGAGAAUCGCUUGAACCCAGGAGGCCGAGGUUGCAGUGAGCCGAGAUCACGCCAUUGCACUCCAGCCUGGGCGACAGAGCAAGACUCCAUCUUGAGGGGAAAAAAAAAAAAAAGAAAAAGGGGCCAGGCACCUGUAAUCCCAGCACUUUGGGAGGCUGAGGAGGGAAGAUCGCUAAAACCCAGGAGUUCAAGACCAGCCUGGGCAACAUGGUGAGACCCCAUCUCUACAAAAAAUACAAAAAACAAAAACAAAAACAAAAAACAGCUGGGCAUGAUGGUGCGCACCUGUAGUCCCAGCUACUCGGGAGGCUGAGGUGGGAGGAUUGUUUGAGCCUGAGAGGUCAAGGCUGCAGUGAGCCAAGAUCGCAUCACUGCACUCCAGCCUGGGUAACAGAGCAAGACCCUGCCUCAAAAAAAAAAAAAAAAUAAGGAAAAAGGUUAUUACACAGUUCAAAAGAGAAACAAAGUGCAAAAGCAUGUGCAAAGAAAGUAAAGUCCCUCCUGGCCAAGUGCGAUGGCUCAUGCCUGUAAUCUCAACACCCUGGGAGGCUGAAGUGGGUGGAUCAUUUGAGGUCUGGAGUUUGAGACCAGCCUGGCCAACAUGGUGAAACCCCGUCUCUACUAAAAAUAUAAGAAUUAGCUUGGCGUAGUGGCAGGUGCCUGUAAUCCCAGGUACUCGGGAGGCUGAGGCAGGAGAAUUACUUGAACUUGGGAGGCGGAGGGUGCCGCGAGCCAAGAUCACGCCAGUGCACUCUAGCCUCGGCAACAGAGCAAGACUCUAUCUCGAAGGAAGGAAGGAAGGAAGGAAGGAAGGAAGGAAGGAAGGAAGGAAGGAAGGAAGGAAGGGGAAAGAAAGGAAAGAUUGCUUGCCAAUCAGCCUCCUUGUUGCCCUGUUGCCCAUUCCCUCCCCAGAGGCAACCACUCUUAACAGUUUUUUUUUAGACAGAGUCUCACUCUGUUGCCCAGGCGGCUGGAGUGCAGUGGUGUGAUCUCAGCUCACUGCGACCUCCGCUUCCCG